UUGUGAAUUUUCCCUUCAAAAAGAAGAAGAACUUUGGAAGUUUUAGUUUGUUUUGAUAAUAAUUUAAGCGCAAAGCAAUUGAAACGUAAAUUAAUAACGAAAUGGCCACCGCGGUGAAAAGGCCGCAUUCUGUUACGGAAACUAUAGAGGUUUCUCAAAAGCCUACGAAAAAAAUACGGAUCCAAACAAGUGUCAAAAAUAACACAGGCAGCCAGUUCUUGCAAAUAUUAGCUUCGUUGGAUGCAGUUCCGGCCGGCCAUGGUGCACAAGGUAGUAAAGAGUUGUUGGAAGUGUUGGUAAAAAUAGCGGAUGAACUCGUAUUAGAAAAUGCACAAAUAACCGAAGCACAAGAUGUUAUACACCGUUUGGUGGAUAUAUUUCGUCAAGAACGUGAUGGCGAUACUACUGUCCGUGUGAAAAUUUUGGGACUGCUGGCAGAUUUUGCUGAUGUACGUGCACCCGAAGUAGUUAAUGCAUUAGUGGAUGGUAUUAUUGCCGUUUUAAAACAAGAACGUUCGCAAAAAGUCAUUGCACAAGGGUUGUACAGUUUGCAUAAGAUUGGUAUAAAAAAUUUAAAACUAUUGCCAUCAACACAUGUUACGAAAAUCGCACACUUCGCCCAACAACAGCUGUCCUCUGACUCACAUCAUACACAUAAAUAUGCAUUAAUGGUAUUGUCUGCAUUUGUGACACUAAUUGAUGCCAGAAAAGGUGUUAUGGAUUUGAUAGGACAUUACGCGGAUUCGCAGGAUUCAGGUGUACGUGCCCAGGCUUUACGCUCCAUACUAUGUCUAGGCGAACGUGGCGCUACAUUAUCGCCGAACUUGUAUCAUAGAGCCGUAGAAGCUAUGAAAGACGAUUAUGAGUGUGUACGAAAGGAAGCAUUGCAACUAGUAUUUCAACUUGGCAUAAGUCAUCCGGAUCAUGUAACAUCUAGUGGAGAUGAUGAAGAGGAGACGCGUUUGAUUGAUGCCGCAUUUGGUAAAGUGUGUGGAGCACUUUGUGAUCUCUCCAUACAAAUACGGACGCAAGCGGCUGAGCACUUAGGUCUUAUGACACAAGUGAGUUCCGAGUUUCUUCAUCAAACGCUAGAUAAAAAGUUGAUGAGUAAUUUGCGGCGAAAGAAAACAGCACAUGAGCGGGGCGCACAACUGGUCGCAAGUGGCGAAUGGUCUACUGGCAAACGUUGGGCCGAUGAUGCACCACAAGAGCGACUCGACUCCAAAUCUAUCUCGUUGGUGGCAAGUGGUGCUUGCGGAGCGCUGGUGCAUGGCUUGGAAGAUGAAUUUUUAGAAGUGCGUACAGCAGCUGUAGACUCUAUGUGCAAAUUGGCUUUAAGUAAUCCGGAUUUCGCGGUGACUUGCUUAGAUUUUCUAGUGGAUAUGUUCAAUGAUGAAAUUGAAGAUGUGCGCUUGAAGGCCAUUUAUAGCCUCACAGCCAUUGCACGACACAUAGUCUUACGUGAAGAUCAGCUGGAAAUAAUGCUGAGCUCAUUAGAAGACUACUCGGUUGAUGUGCGUGAGGGUUUGCACUUGAUGUUGGGUGCGUGCCGUGUUUCAACACAGGCCUGCCUUCUAAUGGUGGUACAAAAAUUACUAGAUGUGCUUUCCAAGUAUCCGCAAGAUAAAAAUUCAACUUUUGGUUGUAUGCGCAAAAUCGGUCAGAAGCAUCCGAAUCUCUGUAUGGCUGUCACUUCACAUCUUUUGCAAGAUCAUCCAUUUUUCGAUAGCGCCGAACGUGAUGUUGAAGAUCCCGCUUAUCUUUGUAUAUUGAUUCUACUCUUCAAUGCCGCAGAGCAUUUGGUGCCUUUGAUCAGUUUGUUUCCCGAUGUCACGCUAAAGCAUUACGCCUAUCUGCGAGAUGCAAUGCCGCAAAUAGUGCCACAGCUACCCAUCGAAGGUGCGUCUACCACUAAACCUAUAAAUCCACUGAAAGGCGCUGAGACUUCUCGCGAAUAUUUGAAUACAAUUCUUCAGCAUAUACACGAAAUUUUUAAUGUAGUACGCGAGCGCGUUCCACUAUUGAAAACGGCCCAGAGCAAUUUGAAGCGUUUGGGUGAAAUUGACCCGGAAAUGUUUGGUACGGCUAACUUUUUGGAAACAUUCUUGGCAGCGCAAAUACAAUUGGACCAAUUGCAAAGCUGCACAACAACGCAGCGUAGCCGGGCGCCACUUAAAGAGUCCUUGGCGCAACUUAUACGUAAUUGCUUGAAGUUACAACACAUCUUCUCGGGUCUCACCUACGGCGAUAUGUUGCUGGUUAAACAAAUCUGUUUACGCGCCUGCGCUCUCCACCUGGUCUUAAUCGUACGCGACCGUUCACAGAGUGCGCUCGGUCCAUGUCAGAUGCUACUGCAGACAGCUGCAGAUAUUAGCAACUUCCUCGAUGAGAAGGAGGACUUUCAACCAGAUCCAUUCACAACUUCUUUGCUUUCGCUACUGGGCAAUAUAUCCGAUCCUAAGCCGGGUCGCGUAUUUCGUGAAAUAUUGCCAUUGGUACAAAGCGCUUCACCUGUACGUAUGCCACCGGCAAAUAUCAAUAUACGUAUGUGUGUGGCACGCAUUAUUGAGCCCUGCGCACAAAUGGCACAGGACAAUGUUAUUAAAGUGACAGCCGGCCUGAUUGCAGCAUUACCUUUUGUGGCCGAAUUCGACAACUUGCAGGAAACACAAAAGCGAGAAAUGCGCAUUAAAAUCAAAUAUCCCGAUCAGCAUGUUCAUACGGUGGUGCCGAAACUCUCCGACUUUAAAAAGAUUAUGACCGAGCAGGGUGAGCAUGAGACGAGCAUGCGUUUGCGCACCACCAUUUUGCUCUCACACAGCGUUUGGACAGAGGCUUCCUCGGUGGAUAUCACACUGUGUCUAUCUGUGCGACCGGGCACCGAGCUGGAGUUGUGCAAGCCGGCUAAAAUACUCUUCGCACCGAAACCAGUACGACGUGGUAUAUAGUAUGGGGUUGGCGAUAGCUUCAGCUUGUAUGAAAAUUAUAUUUAAAAUAGUUAGUUACAUACUUAUUUGUGUAAUAAAGUUAUUGUAUGUAAGGACGAUGUGUAUUUGCAAGAAGUAAAAGGUUUAUUUUCUUAAAUAAUAAUAAAAGGUUAUAUGUAUGUAUGUAAAAAA